AUGUCGUCACCCUCACCGUCUACAACGACACCGACCUCAGCGAUCCCGACGCCACAAUCGACGAUGGGCAAUAAUGGGUCGGGGCAUGGGACGCCGUCGACAAGCUCCAAGCACGACUAUAAAGGAUUCGACACCGUCAAGGUCCGCCUGCAGACGAGUACGGAGGGACACUUCAAGGGACCAUUGGAUUGUGUCUUGCAGACCCUGAGGAAGGAGGGUGUAACUGGGUUGUAUAAGGGAGCGACGCCGCCGCUGGUCGGAUGGAUGAUGAUGGACUCUGUUAUGCUGGGCUCCCUGACGUUCUAUCGACGCAUCCUACUCGAGAACGUCUUUUCGAAACCCGAGAUUCGGCGUCUCACGCCGUUCGCCCGACACCAGCCCGGCCUUAAUGUCCUCCCCAGCUUCGGCCAUGGUAUCGCAGGCAUCAUGGCCGGUACGACGGUCAGCUUCAUCGCCGCCCCGGUGGAACAUGUCAAAGCGCGUCUCCAGAUCCAGUACGCCGCCGAGAAAUCGCAACGGCUGUACAGUGGGCCGAUUGACUGCGUCCGCAAGAUGCUCCGCACACACGGCAUCACCGGCCUCUACCGCGGUCUCUUCGCGACGAUCCUCUUCCGGUCGUUCUUUUUCUUCUGGUGGGGUUCGUAUGAUGUCCUAUCGCGACUGAUGAGAGAGCGGACCAGCCUGUCUGCGCCGGUGAUCAACUUCUGGGCCGGCGGAAUCUCGGCCCAGAUCUUCUGGAUCAUGUCGUAUCCGUCGGAUGUGGUGAAAAACCGCCUGAUGACGGACCCCAUGGGCGGCGCGCUGGGCGACGGGCAACGGCAAUUCCGGUGGUGGAAGGACGCGGCGGUCGCGGUGUAUCGGGAGCGCGGGUGGAGAGGGUACUGGAGGGGCUUUGUGCCUUGUUUCUUGAGAGCAUUCCCGGCGAAUGCGAUGGCCUUGGUUGCAUUUGAGGGUGUGAUGCGGUGGCUGCCGUAG